AUGGACAAGCUAAAGCUCAAGGCGCGUACGGCGCGCAGCAGGCUCACUGGUGCUUCUUCGUCUGCGCCUGACACGCCUGAGCAGACUGCUCCACAACAAUCGCCCGUACCACAGCAAAACUCCAGCACACAUGCCCUCCACGAGGGCACUUACGCCCGCGACUUUGGCGUCCCCGCCGACCAACAACCACAACAACCCACCGUCGAGCCCCCUACUUCAUUGGAGUCGUCCAUUGACGCGGGCAGCCAUGUACCCAAGCCCUCCAGGGUCAGCGACCCGUCGUCGCAUGUUACAUACCAGACGCUUGCAGCACAGCGAGCAAGGAGCAACUCUGCGCCAAACAGAGGAACACCGCCGUUCCAGCAAUACCCACGCCGACCCCAAGCUGCCCGCCAAACAAGCAUUGGCAUCCGUCGCAUGCCCUCGGGGAGUCCCUUGAGACAGACCGUUCAACAGCCAGCUUCAUCCACCCCGAGAGCAGGCACUCCUUUGCCUGCGCUCGACGAGGAGCAAGAACUAGGCCAGCUUCCAUCCAACAGCAGCCAAUCCACCCUCGCCCAUACCAACUCGGCACCCGAUCAGACUCGCCUGCGGAGAAUAAAGAGCGCUGUCCAGCUUAGGAUACCAUUCUGGGGCAAGAAGGAUGAAGAAAAAUCACAUGCAGCAGGCCCCAGUACCACCACUGCCCAAGACGACGGAGCGACCAACUACAGUUCAGGCAUGGUCGAUGUCUUGGAUACGCUUGACCCAGAGGUUGCGACCCUCACGUCUUUGACAAAUAUGCAGAAUUCACUCUUCAUCCCUAAUCUACCCUUUCUCAACCGCCGACCUACUUACAACCUGCGUCGACGAAAGAGCGAGACGGAGAGCCUCGAGGAGAUCAACCGCAUAUUGCAACCUGCCUUGGCUGCUCAGGCACAGGAGCAACAAGCCCCGGCUUUGCAACGCUCUCCAACUCAAACUACAGCGACGACUAUGAUGACAAUAGACUCGCAGCUGACAGAUUCACGAUAUGCUGUGCUCCCUGAGAAUACUGAUUUGUCUGGAUGGAGCGUGGCCGAUAAAAAGGAAGUCAACGAUCACGUGCGACACAUGCUUCAUUCACGGCGAUCGAAGCUGAAGCGCUCACUCAAGGGCUUCGGUCAUUACGUUCGCAGACCACUGGGUUUCCUUGUCACUCUCUAUGCAACACUGAUCACAUUAUUCGGUCUUGCCUGGGUGCUAUUCUUGAUUGGCUGGAUCAAUGUCGGUGGACAGCAGAUCUAUGUCGUCCAUAUCAUUGACAGCGUUCUGGUCGCCCUCUUCGCAAUUGUCGGAGACGGUCUCGCUCCCUUCCGCGCCGUAGACACCUACCACAUGAUCUACAUAGCACACUACCAUCACUAUACCUGGUCACGCCGAAAGAAGGACAUGCUGCCUGAUCUAGCCGAUCACAACGACCUGCCUGCCGAGCACGCUCCUGUAUCUGGACCCAGAACUACCGAUCCUAGUGACCCAGAGAAACAAUGGGAGUUUACCGUCUUAACACCUAAACAGCAGGAGAAGCUCGAACAUCACCAGAGCAAGUUCUGCAAAUCGCACUCCUUCUACAAACCUCAUGAGACGGAGACCCACUACGCAUUUCCUCUUCGUUUCCUGGUCGCCAUUGUUGUACUGUUGGAUUGCCACUCACUCCUCCAAAUCUCCCUCGGUGCAUGUACUUGGGGUAUCUACUACAAGAACCGCCACUUUGCCAUCACUACUGUCAUUCUCAUUUGCUCCAUCACCUGCAACGCAACAGCUGGUCUUUUGAUCUGGCUUGGCGACAAGAGGACGAGGAAGAAGGAUGUGCUGGAACGCAUGAAUAGGCAGGAGCUGACGGAGGAGGCGAUCAAGGAAGUGCAGAAGAAGAAGGAGAAGGAAGGCGAGAGCAGCAGUGACGAAGCCGGUAAGGAGUCGGAGAAGAGGAGAAUCAGUUUGGACGCCUUUAGGCCCAGGAAAAGCAUGGACAAGGGAAGGAAGAGUAUGGACAAAGGGAGGGCGAAGGAGCCGGCCCAGACUGAGCAGAACGCGUAUCCCUGA